UUUAUUUUGAUGAAUUUCCCAACCACUCACUUUAGUAGCUACACUUUAACGACUAUUUCAGAGAUUCAAUUCUCCCUCUGGAUUGGUACCCCCAAAAGUCCAAUCUCCCUGAUUUGCAGCACUCAAUUCGAAUUAUUCUUUGUCAAUCCGUUGAAUUUCACACACACGCAUACACAGUGUGUAUGUGUGUGAGAGAGAAGGGGGAAUAUAAUUAUAAUAUAUACAUAUAGAUUUGUUUAUAUAAACUUGCAGCUCUGGCUUCUUGGGAAACUGAAACGGAAACGGAAGAGAGAGUGCAUCUCUUCUCAACUGAAGAGCGAGGAGAAUCUUCUGCUGCAAUUCAGAUGGAGCCCCACCGGGACGACGUCGUUUCGACCCGCCCCACUAAGGUCUACUCCGAUGAUCAAUUGGCUAUUGAAAUUCCCGAAACUGCUCAUCAGAUUAGCAGCGAUUCAUGGUUUCAAGUAGGGUUUGUUCUGACAACUGGUAUCAACAGUGCGUAUGUGCUCGGGUACUCGGGUGCAGUCAUGGUUCCGCUUGGUUGGGUAGGUGGAGUGGUGGGUUUAAUCUUAGCUACUGCAAUAUCACUUUAUGCAAAUGCCCUUAUUGCAGAGCUCCAUGAGUUUGGUGGGAAGAGGCAUAUCAGAUACAGAGAUCUUGCAGGAUUCAUAUAUGGCCCGAAAGCUUAUUCUCUUACAUGGGUGUUGCAAUACGUAAACCUUUUCAUGAUCAAUGUAGGCUAUGUCAUUUUGGCUGGUCAGUCUCUUAAGGCUAUUUAUGUACUCUUCAGGGAUGACAAUGCGAUGAAGCUCCCAUAUUUUAUUGCAAUCGCCGGCUUCGUUUGUGGCUUAUUUGCAAUUUGUAUCCCUCAUCUUUCAGCUUUAAGGAUUUGGCUGGGAUUUUCAACCUUUUUUAGUCUAGUAUACAUCGUUAUUGCAUUUGCCCUGUCUCUUCGGGACGGGGUGCGGGCUCCACCUAGGGACUAUGACAUUCCAGGGUCAGACAUAAGCAGGGUGUUUACGACGAUUGGUGCUUCUGCAAGUCUUGUUUUUGCUUUCAACACAGGAAUGCUCCCAGAGAUACAGGCAACAGUGAAACAGCCAGUUGUCGGGAACAUGAUGAAAGCUUUAUACUUCCAAUUUACAGUAGGGGUAUUGCCAUUAUAUGCUGUUGCCUUUAUGGGUUAUUGGGCUUAUGGGAAUGAUGCAUCUGCUUAUUUGCUUAGCAGUGUUAGCGGUCCAGUUUGGGUGAAGACAUUUGCCAAUAUAUCUGCGUUUCUUCAAACCGUCAUAGCUUUGCAUAUUUUUGCAAGUCCAAUGUACGAGUAUCUGGAUACAAAAUACGGAAUCAAAGGAAGCGCGCUGGCCGUAAAAAACUUGUCAUUCAGAAUAAUGGUGAGAGGCGGUUACCUAGUGGUAACCACCUUACUAGCGGCAGCACUGCCAUUCAUUGGAGACUUCAUGAGCCUCACAGGAGCCAUCAGUACCUUCCCGCUUACAUUUAUACUAGCAAAUCACAUGUAUCUGGUGGCUAAGAGGAACAAACUCACUUCUUUGCAGAAACUAUGGCAUUGGAUCAAUGUAAUAUUUUUUGGGGUUAUGUCUGUUACAGCAGCAGUUGCUGCCUUGAGGCUUAUUGCUGUGGACUCAAAAAAUUACAGCAUUUUUGCUGAUAUAUAGUUUCAUUGUAUUUUUAUGGGAUAUUUAAAAUAAAUCCCAUUUUGAUUGUUCCAUAGUGAAUGUUGUUUUACAUAUAAUAUAAGUUACCUCAUGAAUUAUCCUUUGAA